UAAGUAAUAGAUUAUUUUCUCUCUGGAGUAUUUCUUCACUGCACUGCUUUACCUCCCCACUGAGUCUCAUCCAAAACACAACCAGCUGAGACCCAGCAAAACAAUUACAGCUUUGCAACAGAGAUUACUUUAACAGCCUGGAGGAGCCAAUAGCGUUGUGUCUUCUUAGGGAACUACAACAUAAGACAUCUGAGAUGAGUUGAGAUGUUAUCUACCACAUGCAUUUAUCUGGACUCUUAUGGGAUUUGUUGUGCUGUAUUCCUCUAGGGUUAAUCUGGUUACUGCAAGUGAACAUAAUGUCUAACAACAUGGCCAAGAUUGCAGAUGCUCGAAAGACAGUGGAGCAAUUAAAGUUAGAGGUUAAUAUUGACAGAAUGAUGGUUUCAAAAGCUGCAGCUGAACUGAUGGCUUACUGUGAAGCCCAUGCAAAAGAAGAUCCGCUGGUAGCACCUGUACCCUCCUCAGAAAACCCUUUCAGAGAGAAAAAGAUUUUCUGUACUGUUUUGUAGAUGUUAUUUAUAAGGCACAUUGUUUAUUGUAUUAUUUUGUAGGAUAAUUCCAAGACCUGAAGCCAAAUGUUUCGCUGAUUUCUUGAAUGUUACAUAAUUGGAAUAAUGACAUUUUAGCUCUCUCAUGCUGUAGGCUACCAUAACUGCAAUAUUUCUGGAUUAUUUCAGUUUUUUAUUUAAAUAUAUGUAUAAAAACCUUCAAUGCAAUUGGAUAAUUUAUUCAAUAGUAGCUUCUGAACAAAAAUGUAUUAUUCUUGUGAAAUAUUUCUAUAAAAAAGAUAUUUAUCUUAGAAACUAAUGAUGUUCAUCUCAAGCACUGAGAUGUUGAAGUCUUUCACAGAUUUGAACAUUGUUUUCAUUUGUUUUAUUUUUCAUUUAUUAUUGAUGUUUUAUCAGCAAAAUCAUUGAAGUCUACAGCUCAUGUCAGAAAAAUAGAUUUAUAAACUAAUGGGAUGUAAUACAACAGGCACAUAUUUCAAUCAUUUAAAUUGGCCAUGAAACACUGAUAUUAAUAAAAUGUAAACAUUGCAUUAGCAUAUAUGUAAAUGCACCUGAUUUCAAUAAGUUAUUAUUAUUACCAUUGUUAAAUUUAAAAAUAUCAAGUUAAAAACAAGACAAUAUAACAUUUCGUCUCAUGGUGGCGCUGUUUUCUAAUCCCACACAGCUGCUCUGAAUGCUGCUUACUUUACCUGGACAAUAAAAGAGAGCAAAGUUCAUUUUUCUUUGCGUUUGUUUGUUUGGUUGUGACUGUCAGUUUCCGUGAAUG